AUACGUAUGUACCUUCCCCAUCAAACAAUGCAGUAGCAGUCGAGUGGUUGAAUUAUUGAAGAAAACUUUAUAUACUGCUUGAGCAAAUAAAAAAUGAGGACGGCAUAUCUAAUUUUUAUAUCCGCCAUCAUCAUUUCAAGUGUGACAGCAGACAAAGGCAAGAGCUAUGCGAAAGAGAAAAUAUGUGGCGAGCUCAGGACCAUCGGCGCUAAGAACUUCAGAGUUAUACUCACAGCAAUAUACAGCCAGAAGUUUCCCAAUGGAACGCUUGAGGAGGUGCGCUGUGUAGCUGAUGAAAUGUUGAAACUAGCAGAAGAAUGCUGCCAAGAUGAUGCAAGUCCUGAUUGUUAUGACAAAGGGGCUACUGAGAUCUCUGAAAAGUCGUGUGGGAAAGACUCUCCAUUUCCGAAGCACCCAGACAUCGACAAGUGCUGCUCUGCACAAGGCCAUGAGAGGAAACUGUGCCUGGCCACACUACGCUACUCCUCAGAUGAGCUGCCCUCACUGUUGGAGCCCACACCUGAGGAGAUCUGCACUCAGUACACACAGGACCCCAGUGCCUAUAGCAUCAGGUAUGUAUACGAGAUUGCCCGGAGACACUGGAAUAUUCCCGCAGGUUUCGUCGUCAACACAACCCAAAACCAUGUGAGGAUGGCCGAGAAUUGCUGCAAUCCAAAUGUCUCCAAGCCUUGCUUCUUCAAAGAGAGGUAUCAGCAGAGGAGUUCAACCACUUUCCUGAGAUUUCUCUCCCAUGUCUGUAACAACCAAGUGAACCUGAAAUCCUACCAAACCGGACUGACUGCCUUUUUUGGAAGUCUCCUGAGGGUACCGUUUGAAGAUGCAUCGACCAUUUCUAAGCAUUUCCAGUCUGGGCUUGCAAAAUGCUGUUUACAACCCCAGUCUCAAUGUGUCAUUGAAGAGUUCACCAGCUUCCAAAAGGUCCUCUGCAAGGAAUCAAUACUUGGCACCAUGUCUAAGGAAUUCCAAAGGUGCUGCAGCCAGGCCCCACAAGACACCCUCACCUGUGUGGACAACUUGAAAAGAGAGCCUCCAAAAUCACUGAACAUGACUCAAGUCUCCAGUGCGCAGCUCUGCGAAAAGGAUCAACCAGACAUCACUGACAGAUAUUUGUUCCAGAUCGGAGUGAAGCACACAUCAGUCUCGCUGCCAGUGCUGACGACCAUACAAGAUCAGAUUAAGAGCACAGUUGCGGCCUGCUGCUCGGCCCCCGAUGACUCCACAACAUGUCUGAAGGAAAAGGAGAGUAAGUUGGAGAAGACAGCGGCGCUGCUGGCCAAGACGGACGCCUUGUGCUCGCAAUACUUUAAGCUCGAGUUGCCUGCCUUCAAAACACUGGUCCAGCAGGAAGUCCAGGGGGAGGGGGCCGAGAGUCGAGGCCAGGCGUGGGUGGAGCUGUCUACUACCUGCUGUCCCCAGCACUCGCCUCCACAGCUGUGCCAAAAGCUGACAGAGGCGGUCAUUAAGCAUGAGGAGGACGCUACAGCUUGAACACUCAGAGAUCCUGAAUGUAAUCAAAGACGUAACGUGACUAGGAAGCACUUAAUUAUGUUCCUCUUUGAAUAGAAAAUGUGCCCCUUUUAAGCUCAACUCUGCCUUGUUCUCUAAAUAAACUUGAGCUGCCACAUGCAUCA